CCCCCCCCCCUCCCAUCCUCCCUCCGCGUCGGUGCCGCUUCCUGUCCUCCUGGCCAUGGGUUCCGUUCGGUUUGAGGGGGACUUCCCAAGCGAGGCAUCCCUCCUUGGGUCAUCGGGCGCCGGCGGCGAGGCGACAUACGAAACCUCCCCCUUCAAUGGAUCGCAUUCGCGCCGGACCUCAACCUACUCGCAGAUCUCGGUCGACGCCCCGGGCUUGGCCACCGCCUUUCCGCGGGAUUCCGGCCACGGUCCCCGGCUCGAGCCGACACACCUCCUGAUCCCGGAUGUCUCGCUCUUUGGCUUCCACGACGCAGGGGCCGCUGCCUCGCCAACCACCCCCCCCCUGGACAAGGAGGAUCUGUUGGAGUCCCUGCGCAUGGCGGCCCCCUUUUCCCCGGCCUCCGGCACCGGCAAGGCCGGGCCCUCGCAUGGGGCGGUCUUUGAAGCCGCCGGGCCGUGGGAUCGUCUCUGGCAGCCGGUGGCCGCCUCGCUCGGGCACAAGUCCAUGCUAUAUGUCCUCACCUAUGGUGGCAUGGGGGCUGCCCUGGCUGCCCCGGGCCCGGCGCUUGUGGCAUUGGCCGAGCGUGCCGGCGCAUCGCUCUCCACCGUCAGUUACCUGUUUCCGGCGCGAGCGGCGGCCUAUCUCCUUGGAGCAGCCGGCGGGGGGCCAUUCAUGGACAUGCUCUCGGAGCGCCGCGGGCAUCUGCCCCUUGCCCUGUCCAUCUUCACGGCGGCCUUCGGCACCGGGGCUCUGGCCUUCAGUUUCAGCGCCGCCACCCUGGCCAUGUCGGCUUCCCUGCAGGGUGUGGCCAUCGGAGCGGCAGACACCUGUGCCCAUGUGCUCGUGGUGCGCGAUGUGCCGGAGCACUCGGUUCAGUGGACCCACGCCAUGCAUGUGGCCUAUGCGGCCGGGGCCCUGGUGGCGCCGCUGGCGGUCGAGGCCAUGCUGACCCGGCACUAUGCCGUAGGCACGGCCUUCCUCCUGCUGGCCCUCCUGUUGCUGCCCUUGGGCGUGGCCUCGGUCAUCAUGCGCGCGCCACGCAUCCGACAAAAGCCCUCCCCCCCGCCGGAGGCCUCGGAGCUCGUGGCCUUCACACCGAUGCACCCGGGCCUGGUGUCCGCGAGGGAUGUCAAGCGGGAAGAGGCCGAGGGGGCGGCGCAAGAGGAGGAGGAGGAGGAGGAGGACGAGGCGGCCGUGGUGGACAGCAGCCGCGCCGAAUUGCUUGCCCACCGCCCGGGGCAGGCGCCCAGCUGGGGCGUCACCAGCAGCCCGGCCACUGGGCAGCCUUUGGCCGAGGGGACGGCCCGACCCCGGUCACGACGAAACUCCCUGGUCCUCGUGGCUGGUUUGGCCUCGGGUUCGAUUUGCCGGCGUAAGGACCACCCCGGGCAUGGCCCCAUGGCCAGCCCCUGCUGCCCGGACCACUCCGGCAUGGGGAUGGGCUCCGCCUCGCCGGCGGCCCUGGCUUGGGCUGGGCAGGUGACCCCGCCGCCGCCGAUGAUGCCGGAGGAGUUGGCCUCAGGGCGUCGAAGCGCCCGGGGAACCGGCCCUGCGUCCUUCUUGCCCUCGAUCAAGACCGAUGGCCUGGGGGACAUCGAGCUGGCGGUCAUUGGCCAGGGGGAGGAGUCGCCGGCCGGUUUGGCCACCUGGCGGUCUCCCCGGCCGCGGCCGGACAGCCCCUGCCAGGCCAUGGGCCCAUGCAUCAACCGUGACAUGGGGCCAAUCUUGCCGCUUGAGGGUCCGGCUCCCUUCGAUCGGGGGAAUGUCCCGCACUUGUUCAUGCUCGGCGCCUCGUGCAUGAUGGCCGGCUUGUCGGUUGGGGCGGAGCUGGCCGCCGGAGGGUUCCUCUUUGCCUGGGCGGCCCUCGGCCCGGCAUUGAUGCAUGAAUCCGAUGCUCGGGCCCUUCUGUCGGCCUUCUGGGCAUCGGUCACGGUGGGCCGCGUUGUCUCGGUCCUGGCCACACGCUGGCUCUCGCCGACCGUCCUGCUGGCGAUCAACUUUGGAGGGGCCAUGCUGGCGCAGGCUCCAGUUCUCUUCUUCCCCUCGAGCCAUCUGGCCUGCUGGAUUAGCACCAUCGCAUACGGGUUCUGUCUCUCAAGCUCCUUCCCCAACACACUGGCCAUUGUCCAGAUCAACAUUGAGCUAACCGGAAGACUGGCAAGUGCCCUCGUGGUGAGCGCGGCUUCCGGCGAGCUGAUCGCCCCACUCAUCCUUGCUGCUACCUUCACCACGGGAGGUGGGAGCAGUAGUGGCGGCGACACUUCGUCAUCCCUGGCAAAUCCGUCAUCAGCAGCCUCGGGGAUCAUCGAGCCGAUCUCUCGCCUCGGUGCCCUGUCGUAUGUCCUGCUUGCGGCCUUUUUCGCCCUGGGUGGCGUGCUCUCGCUUGUGGUGUUCAGAAUCUUCGCCCGGAGGGAGAAGAUCGCCCGCAGCAAGAGCCACAUGCGGCACGCGCACCAGUUGCCGGCUCCAUCGCAAUCGUACCUCGUAGACACAGCACAGGCCACCGGCCAUGUGUGACCCGCCGGCCCGCCCCGGCGAGCCGCAUAUGGCUCUGACCCAAAAAUACAUCCGCUCCCUUGGCUUGUUUGCUCCACCGCCCCGUCGAGCU